UUUCCCUAUAAAAUAAGUCCCUUCUCGUUCCUUCUGUUAACACCAUCCUCCCCUCUACUAUUCCGUCAUUUCUCGCCGAGCACUAUGCAAUUCUCAUCCGAGACCCUCUUCACCAUCUUCACUAUCAUCACCCUCCACUGCCUCACCGUCUGUGCUUCCACUUGCCACCCGGAUGACGAAUCGGGCUUAUUGGGUUUCAAAUCCGGAAUCACGUCCGACCCGUCUAACAUUCUCGCCUCCUGGAAGUCGGGUACCGACUGUUGUACAUGGGCCGGUGUGACUUGCCUGAAUGACAACAAGCGGGUCACCAGUCUCUCCCUUUCUGGUCAACCCUACAGCCCCAAUAGCUUUUUGUCUGGCAUUAUUUCAUCUUCACUUUCGAAGCUCCGAUUCCUCGACGGCAUCUACCUCAUGGAUCUCAGAGACCUCUCGGGCAAUUUUCCCGCUUUCGUCUUCCAGCUACCCAACCUCCAAUUCAUUUAUAUCGAAAACAACAAACUUUCGGGUCCCGUACCAGAAAAUAUUGGUAAUCUUACCCGAUUAAGCGCGCUUAGUUUGUCUGGGAAUAGAUUUGCAGGACCAAUACCCAAUUCAAUUUCUGCGUUGACUCAGCUGACUCAGCUCAAACUCGGUGGAAACCUUCUCCGAGGACCGGUGCCCGACGGCAUUCGCAGGCUCCGUGAUCUCACUUUUCUGAGUCUAGAAGCGAACCAACUCACAGGUACAAUACCGGAUUUCUUUUCGUCUUUCACAAACCUUCGGAUUCUCAGACUUUCCCGUAACAAAUUUACCGGUGAAAUCCCACCCUCCAUAUCAUCGCUUGCCCCGAAGCUAAGCUACUUGGAGCUUGGCCACAACUAUCUCACGGGGCAAAUCCCUGAUUUUCUCGGGAAUUUCAAGGCACUAGACACCCUGGAUCUCUCGUGGAAUCGGUUUUCGGGGACCGUGCCGAAAAGUUUCGGAAACCUCACUAAGAUCUUCAAUCUCGACCUGUCCAACAACUUUCUCGUCGACCCAUUUCCGGAGAUGAAUGUGAAAGGCAUUGAAUCGCUUGAUUUGUCCAAUAACAGAUUCCAUUUGAAGGAAAUACCCAGAUGGGUCACUUCUUCUCCGAUUAUCUUCUCUCUGAAGCUCGCGAGGUGUGGGAUCAAGAUGAAGCUGGAAGAUUGGAAGCCAGUUGAGACUUACUUCUACGAUUUUAUUGACCUAUCUGGUAACGAAAUAAGUGGAAGUCCGGUCGGGCUGCUGAACAGGACAGAAUAUUUGGUGGGGUUUUGGGUAUUGGAGAAUAAACUGCGGUUUGAUUUGGCGAAGUUAAAAAUAGUGAAAACAUUGAAGUAUCUGGAUUUGGGGAAUAAUUCAGUGUUUGGAAAGGUUCCUAACGCCAUUGCUGGGCUUGAGAAACUGAAUGUUAGCUACAAUCAUCUUUGUGGUCAAAUUCCAAAAACGAAGUUUCCAGCGAGUGCAUUUACCGGGAAUGAUUGUUUGUGUGGUCCUCCCUUGCAGCCUUGCAAGAGCUAAUAGAAGUCCAUGAAGAGCCUAUUCAAAUGGCCUAAUGGUUACAGCAGACGCUGUAAAUUUCAAGCCCCAUUAUCUUCUCACUUCCCGGAGGUGCUCCGUUCCAAGAAUAAAUGUCAUCCAUGGGCUCACCGUUCAAGAAUAAAUCUUACGGACAUUUUUAUUUAUUUGAUUAUCUGUUUUCAAGUGCAGUGCCGAUCCUCCGCCAAAGAUCGGUGGAUUGAUUCUCCGCGUUCUGCGAAUGCUCUUAUAAGCACGAUGUGCAUGCGGGCACAGAAUCAAUAAUUAAUGAAGUUUUGUAAAAGACUACACGUUGGCACAUGCACAUGUUAAAGUUUGACAAAUUUGGAGGGUUUUAAAUUUGCCAAGUGGAACGUUGACUCUCAUUUUAUAUUA